AUGACCUCGGUUAACAAAUCCGUUUUUAAAUUUUGGGAGACUUUUCUGCAGACAUUUAAGGCCUUUGAUGGUCCAGCUUUUUCUGUUUUUGGGAUAAUUUGGGUAGGAGGGAAGGUUGGGGUUGUUGGAGUGCUGGGGUUGGUGUCUGUUUCUAUUUUGGGAGGAAUGGGGUUGGCUUUGGCUUGGGCGGUUGGAGUGGUUGUGGCGGUUGGAGUGGUUGUGGUUUUGGUGUUUGUUUCUGUUUUGGGAGGAAUGACGUUGGCUUUGGCUUGGGCGGUUGGAGUGGUUGUGGUUUUGGUGUUUGUUUCUGUUUUGGGAGGAAUGGGGUUGGCUUUGGCUUGGGCGGUUGGAGUGGUUGUGGUUUUGGUGUUUGUUUCUAUUUUGAGAGGAAUGGGGUUGGCUUUGGCUUGGGCGGUUGGAGUGGUUGUGGUUUUGGGGUUGGUUUUUGUUUUGGGAGGAAUGGGGUUGGCUUUGGCUUGGGCGGUUGGAGUGGUUGUGGUUUUGGGGUUGGAUUCUGUUUUUUGA